GUGUCCUCUCAGCCAGAGCAGUUUUCGCCCUCAAAGAACUUUCCUGCUUUGGCACUUCGCUCCUCUCCUCUAACCGCCGGUGGAAACAUGUAAAAUACUGCGACAGAUUACAGCACAACGACAAUGAGGAGGCUAACCACACCUUUUGAAAGUGGACGUCUCUUCUGCAGCCUCCUGAGCGACUUUGCUGCGCGUUAAGAUGCGCCGGACAGACGAGAAGUUGGAUGAUGAACCCUGUUUGCGCUCUCGUUGACCGACAGCUUCCAGUGACAUUUUGCUGAGUCUUAACGCCGCAAAACAAGAGGCUCCUAUGUAUUUCAGAGGUGACCCGACUCUCUGUUGGCUGAGCUGAGUCACUUCAAACUUUCUUGCUGGGGAAUCUCAUUGAGGAUUUGCAGCGCUCAACAUGACUGUUAUUCGCCUAUCGCGGAUCCAGCUGGCCCUGUUCUUCAUCCUGCUCUGUCCGGUCAACAUCAUCGGACUGUGGUGGGCGGUGGGCAGUCCCCUGGUGAUGGACCCCAACAGUAUCUGCAGGAAGGCGAAGCGUCUGGCGGGAAAGCAGGCUGAGCUGUGCCAGACUCAGCCGGAGAUCGUCAGCGAGGUUGCCAAAGGGGCCAGGCUCGGCGUGCGGGAGUGCCAGUACCAGUUCAGGUACCGCCGGUGGAACUGCACGAGCCACAACAAAUACUUUGGCAAAAUACUGCAGCAAGAUAUCCGGGAGACAGCCUUUGUUUAUGCCAUAACAGCAGCCGGGGUGACCCACGCCGUGACCCAGGCCUGCAGCAUGGGCGACCUCCUGCAGUGCGGCUGUGAGGCCACCAGGAACAGGGCACCGCCGAGGCCGCUCUCGCCCUCGUCGUCGUCGUCCUCCUCUGGUGAUGGAGUCAAGUGGGAAUGGGGGGGCUGCGGAGAUGAUGUGGAGUUUGGUUAUGAAAAGUCAAAACAGUUUAUGGACGCCAAGAGAAGGAGAGGCAAGAGCGACAUCAGGACGCUCAUUGACCUGCACAACAAUGAGGCCGGGAGGCUGGCGGUGAAGCUCUACAUGCGGACAGAGUGCAAAUGCCACGGACUGUCGGGCUCCUGCACCUUGCGCACGUGCUGGAAAAAGAUGCCUCAUUUCCGCGAAGUAGGCGACCGUCUGCUGGAGCGCUUCAACGGGGCCUCCAAGGUGAUGGGAGGCAACGACGGCAAGACCCUGAUUCCCGUGGGCCAGAACAUAAAGCCACCGGACAAGCAGGACCUGAUCUACUCGGACGAGUCGCCCGAUUUCUGCCUCGCGAAUCGGAAAACGGGCUCUCUGGGGACACGAGGCCGCAUGUGCAACAGCACGGCCAUGGACAUCAGCGGCUGUGAUCUGCUGUGCUGCGAGCGUGGCUACCGGGAGGAGACGGUGGUGUUUGAGGAGAACUGCCUGUGUCGUUUCCACUGGUGUUGCGUGGUCCAGUGCAAGAAAUGCUUGGUCCGAAAAGAGCUCAGUCUCUGCCACUGAUGAACUGAGGUUGAGAGUUGUCAGACGUAGUUAAAUAUAAUGACUUCUGUUACUUUUUGAGGUGCGUGCUUUAGUUUGGCUACAGUGUGAAAGAAGGAAUGGGUUUUUGCACCAGCUUCAAUCAGAAAAUGCCCCCAAAAUUACCUUUCAGAUAGUGUUUGACUUCCAGAAAGACAUGAGAUGCUGGAAGGUGCAGAAGGUAAACACAACCACAUUGCACCAAUGGACAGAUGGACAAAAAGAAGUCAAAUAAAGAAACGUUGCUUUUCAGAACUACCUAUUUUUUAUUGUUUAUGAAAAAGGACCAAAGAAUGUGAAAAUAUGUGUUUUCCAUCUAAAUGAAAGAGGACGGUCGAUGCCAGGAGGAACCAGACAUGAUCAGCUGCCUUCUCCUCCUUCCACAAGUUCAAGCAAAGAGUUUGGUGUGGAUCUCAAAAGAUUUAGGCACCAACCUCAUUUAAUCAUGCAUUGCCCUAUGAAACCAAAAAGUCCUGCACGUACUGAUAUCUAUCUGCGCCAUGCUGUAGCAUUGCAGAAAAGUUAUGGAUCAUUGAUUUCUGAUUGUUCACCUCCAGCGUAGUUGCAUCUCCAUAUUUUAUCAUUCCGAAACCUUGCAAUCUGUUGAUAGUACAGAAGCAGUGUCUCAGUUACAGUAAAUGUAACUAUAGGAACACCAAAAAAAAAAAAGAUGCUGGUCUUGACUUUUUUUUCUGCUACUACAUUAAAAAAAUGCACCAAAAAAGGGAAACGGUAUCACAUUAUCCAGUUUGAAGAAUAGUGUCAACACUUUGUUUUUGCAGGUGUGGACUCGGCCUGUCAGCAAAGACUGUUAUUUAUAUAUAGAUAUGAUGACAAGACUACUCACCUCCAUCUCUCUCAGAAGCACUUUGCAUGUGACGGCUGCCAUGGACUUCCUCAGUAAUUGUUUGGCAAUAAAACCUUUUUUUGGAGUGGGCUGUUUCGUGUUCACCAAAGGAGAAAACCUGUGUUGACAUGAUGUUCAGUAUCGAGCAAAUGUAUAUGAUGUAUUUUGUUUAUCUGUUAUGACAUACAGGGCUAAUGUAAUAAUGCACUUUGGAUGUUGGCUCUCAUUCGAUAGGUGUGUGUGUGUCCACGUGUGGUCGUCUAGCAAUUGGAAGGUUCCCGGUUUGAUUGUGUUGAGCGUGUUGAAGUGUGUGUGUGAAUGGGUGAAUGAGACGCACAUUGUAAAGCACUUUGAGUGGUUCACAGUCUAGAUAAGUGCUAUACAAAUGCAGUCCAUUGACCAUGCGUUUGUGCAGGUAGGCCAGUUAUCACCCUUCAGUGGACAGUACCUUUUAUAUAUAUCUGUAAGUUGCUGUCUGACGUUAAACUGCAUUGUGUUGGUUAUUAAAAGCACACAGCUCUGUGACUUUCUGUCUCUGUGUGAGGCAGACAAGAUCUUUUACCAGUCGUUGAUUUCCAGGGGGAGUAUUUUUCCCCCAUAAACCUAUCAUGUCAUCUCAUUUACACUAAAGUUUUAUUACCAGACGAUGUACAGCGACAUAUACUGAACUAUAAUACUACAUCGCUUGCAUUCAUCUUGCUGUUUGUGUUUUGGGCGAGCGUUCAGGGAUAGGAUUAUAUUUUACCCUUGAGGAUUCAGAAUCAUCUCGUUCUGCUGUAACAGUUGGUUAUGUGUCAUGUUGCAGAUUGACCUGAUCCUCCCACAGUAUCCUUGUUAGGGCCAAAAUGAAAUCUCCAGCUUUAUCAUGGACCAUUAUUCUGAUGUGUCCACUUUGUUACCCGACUGUUUGUGUCAGCAGGUUCUUCACAUUUAUAGACGAUUGUGGUUUUAUCUUCACCCAUUUUUUUUUCACCCAGGAGAGAUGAACGUUUGAAUGAAAAAUGCCCCAAUUUUCAUAUUUUGCAGUUAGACAGCACAGAAAUAUUAUUUAGUGAAUAAACCAGUAACAGACGGAUGAGUAAUGUACAUUUUAUCAUUAGUACUGUGGAUUAAGCAAUAUCAUUUUUUAUU